AUGGCCGAGCCUCACAACUCCCAAGAGAACAAGAAUGACAGUGAGACAUCGUCAAACGUGGCCUACGGCGACCAUGAGCUCCCCAGCACGGUUCUAACUGCAUUGUCUGGCGACGCAGCAGACAGCGCUCAUGGUACAAACAACAAUCCAGCAGACGCUGACUGGUUUGCUGCAGCCACCUCACCCACGCCAGGUGAUGUAGAAUAUGCAGAAGCCCGGGCCGCCGAGCAAACCAAUGGCGCGGCUUCUCCUGCCAGUCCGGACGGCAACGAGCAUCGCCUGCACCGGCCCAUGCGUUUCUGGGGAAUUGCCGAGACCAUCUUUAAGAAUAUCCAUGGCCCAAACGUCGGCUGGGCCGACCUUAUCUGGUUCUUCUCCAGCCUGGGCUAUAGCCUCAACCAAAGCCGGUCAGGCUCUCGUGUUGACUUCAGCCAUGAUGAGGACCGUUGCCCCUUUCCAACGUGGGAGACCUGGCAGGAUCCUACUACACGGGAGACGCACGAGAGCAAUGUCCUCUUCAUCUUCCAUAGACCGCAUCCAUUCAGCACCAUAAAGCCAAAGAAGAUUCUGAGUAUUAGGAAUCGGCUUGAACGUGCUGGGGUCAACAUGGCGCUGCUGCAAAGUGUCUUUCGAGAGUAA